AUGUCCAAAAGAUUAACGAUCUCCAAAUUUAAUCCUUUUAAUACCAAUGAUAACCCCGAAUUAGAUCGAGUUGAAACCUAUAAGACCUUUUAUAAAAAGAGAUUUCGAAAGCUCCAAGCAGAUGAGAGUCCUCAUUAGAAAAUUAUUCCUCAAAGUAUCCUCCUGAAAUCUGGAUAAAUACCAUUUAAGAGAUCCUUCCAAAAACCAAAGGAAGAUGUCAUUGAUGUUAAAAAAUUGUAAUUGUAUCCAUUAAGAAUUAGUUAGAUAUGUGAAUUAUGGAGUUAUAAAUACAACCAUGUGGUGUAGAAGGUCUCAAAACUCAAUAAUGUGAGUGCUGUCUUGGAAAUUUAGAGAUAAUAAUAAAGGAAAUCAUAAAAAUAUAAAACUUAAAAUUCGUACAUACACACUUAACUAUAUAGAUCCGAUUAAAUUCCUUAUAAUUCCAUCGCUAUUUCCGAUAAAAGCAAACUGAAAACUACAUUGUCAGAUUACACUUUACCCAAAAUAGAAUCAUUAUCUUCCUUUUAAAAGUAAAAAAAAACUAAACGUAGUACUCUAUCUCCAGAGAAAGUUCUGACUAGUUCUUAAUAUCCAAAAAAUAACUGUAUUUCUGACCUCAAGGGAAAACUCAAAGAAUUAAUUGAAAUAUGUGAUCAUGCGUAAGUAUUUAGUCCAAACAAGUUUAGUAAGAUAUGA